UUGACACCGCGUGAAGAGAGAGGUGUACGAUAUAGCGCCAUCGAUCAUCCAAGCGUCGAAGCAAUCUUCAACCUUCAUCUUCAUCUUCUUCAUCUUCUUCUUCUUCUGCUGCUGCUGCAAAAUCCCUUGCAAUCAUCUCCAACGAAGAUCGGCGAAUCCGCAAGAACGCGCGCGCGCAGGCCAGGGGGCUCGGGUUUCGCCGGAUCCGUUCUCUCUCUCUCUCUCUCAGGUCAACUCGCGGCGGUCUUCGUCGGAGCCGAUCGACAUGAGUUUCAUCUUCGGCAAGCGCAAGACGCCCGCAGAGCUUCUACGGGAGAAUAAGAGGAUGCUGGACAAGUCCAUACGAGAAAUUGACAGGGAGAGACAAGGACUUCAAACACAGGAGAAGAAGCUGAUCCUAGAGAUCAAGAAGAAUGCCAAGCAAGGGCAGAUGGGAGCUGUAAGGUUGAUGGCAAAGGACCUUAUUAGAACACGCCAUCAGAUUGACAAAUUUUAUAAACUGAAGUCGCAGCUUCAGGGUGUUUCUCUUAGAAUUCAGACAAUGAAAUCAACACUAGCAAUGGGGGAGGCAAUGAAAGGCGUGACGAAGGCAAUGGGUCAGAUGAACAGGCAGAUGAACUUGCCAUCGUUGCAGAAAAUUAUGCAAGAAUUCGAGAGACAGAACGAGAGGAUGGAAAUGACGAGUGAAGUGAUGGGUGAUACCAUUGACGAUGCUCUGGAAGGUGAUGAAGAAGAGGAGGAAACGGAAGAAUUAGUUAACCAGGUUCUAGAUGAGAUCGGUAUUGAUGUCAACCAAGAGCUUGUAAAUGCACCAUCAACUGCGGUUGCAGCUCCAGCUGCAAAAGCUAAAGUUGCACAAGUAGAAACCACAGCGAACGAAGACAGCGGAAUAGACAGUGACUUACAGGCAAGGUUAGAUAAUUUAAGAAAGAUGUAGUUGCACACGUCCUACGACGUGUACAUCAGCUUUGAUGUAAAGAAUUCGGAGUUCAUCUGGCGAUCUUAUCAUUUGUUGAAAUAGUGCCUCCUUUUACUUGGACCUGAAUCGUUGAGAAUUCUAUGGAGAUACUUCUAUUUACUUGCUCUAAAUUCAUUCAUGUAACAUGGAGAUUGAGAGGUAUCGUGGAAAUAUUGCCGAUGGUUUAAUCAGUAGUCGAACUAUUAUCUGUUAAUUAAUUUAACCUUAUGUUA